AUGGCCGCCAUCACCGCUACCCUCUUCCUCUCUCUCUUCCUCCUAACCCUGGGCCGGGCCCAAUCCCAAACCCGUCCCACACCCGCCGCCCCGCCGCCGGCCUCCGACGCCUGCGUCGGAAUAUUCCUCUCUUACUCAUACGAAGGCGGAAGGAUCCUCCCGCCGAUUCGGCCCUCGGAUCCGGCCCGGCAGCCCUACCGGUUCCAGUCCUCCUUCACCGUGCUCAACAACGACGCCCAAGAGCUCAAAUCCUGGCGGGUUUUCGUCGGGUUUCAGCACGACGAAUAUCUGGUGUCGGCCACGAAUGCCGUGCUUGCAGAUGGGAGCGCGAUGCCGGGGCCCGUGGGAAACGGGUCGGUCUUCGCGGGGUUCCCGAAUCCGGAUCUGAAAACGGGUAUCGAUACGGCUGGGGAUUUGACCCAGAUGGGAGUUCAGGUCGAGCUGGUGGGUACGCAGUUCGGGGUGGUCCCACCGGAUGUGCCUAUGCCGGCGAAUAUCUCUCUGGUCAAUGAUAGGUGGAUUUGCCCCAGACCUAGGAUACAAGGAAAUAGAACAAUGCAAGUGUGUUGCACAAGAGACCCAAAUUUCCGGCCCAACACCACCUUGGACGAUGGGUUCCUGCCCCGCCAAAACGGCGACCUGACCAUAAUGUACGACGUGACUCGCACCUACUCAUCCAACUACUGGGCUCAGGUCACGAUCGAGAACCACAGCCCACUGGGCCGGCUGGACAACUGGCAACUAAGCUGGGACUGGAUGGAGGACGAGUUUAUCUUCGCCAUGCGUGGAGCCUACCCCUCCGUGGUCGACACCUCCGCCAUCAACUGGCACGUGCUGACGGACUACCGAGGCGGGUGGUCGGCCCGAGUCACUCUCUUCAACUGGGAUGAUGACGCGUUUGCCGACUGGUUCACGGCAGUUGAGCUCAACCGGGGGGGCCCGGGCUUCGAGGCUGCCUACUCGUUCAACGGGACCGCGAUGGGCCUUGGGGUCAGUGGGGAAAACGACACGAUCUUCAUGCAGGGUUUGCCCGGGCUGAACUAUUUGGUGGGGGAGGUCGAUGGGGAGGGCAGGUCGAGGGGGCUGAGGGUCCCGGGCAAGCAACAGUCGGUGAUCUCGUUCACGAAGAGGCGGACACCGGGGAUUAACGUGUCGGGAGGGGAUGGGUUCCCGACUAAGGUUUAUUUCAACGGAGAGGAGUGCUCGUUGCCGGAUAUAAUUCCGACGAGCGGCGUGGGGCGGCUGGUGGGCUCGUCGGUCUUGGCGCAGUUGGUUUUGGGUGUAUUGGUUUGUGUUUUCAUGCGGCAAUAG